UCCACGUGGGUAGGUAACUGUCAAUCGAAGUUUGGGGGCACUGGGUAGGCGGGUAGGUCACACACAAGUCCAGUUACAAGUUCUGGAGUCCCUGUAUCUUGUGCCUUGCCUGCACCGGAUUGUGGAAAUAACUGGCGUCCAGGCAGAAGUGAGCAGUAGCAUUUACUUGCCUUCCAGCUCAGCUUUAUUUUGUACAAAUCUACAAGGUCUCGUGUGCAGAAAAGCCCCCGUCGGGACCACCAUGAAUCCAUUUGCUCUCCCGGACUUGGUGGGAGAGACAGGACACACAGUCUAAUGCCCCAGUAGACAGAGGAAGUAGAACAGGAGCCAGGAAAGGGAGAGACUGGAAGAGAUCAAGGAGGUCUUCCCCAAGUAGGCGGUGCGGUACCUGCCAGUGUGUCAGAUGGAGAGGGUACAACCACAAGAGCAGACGUCUGGAAACCUAGGAGAAGGGUACACCUGGGAAGGGCUAGGUGUCCAAGAGUGGCGAGCAGAGGGGAGGCUGCGAGAGAUGGCCAACCAGCUCCUGAUGCCAUGCUAUGAGUUUUUGACUCUACGUAGUAGGGAUUGUCGUUUCAAACCUUUGGGGCAGCAAAGUCUAAGUGAGGCUACCAGGGAUCCUAGCCUUGAUUCCUUGCCCUUGAUCCUGUUUGUCCUUUCCUCUACAGAUAAGACCUGGAGGGUACAGGGCAGGGACAGGGAAGAGGUAUGGGGAGGGGGAGCCCUGGCCCCCAAUACCUCCUCCCCAUUCCCUCCUGAGCCUCCAGGGGCCUCAGGCAGCAUUAUCCCUGUCUACUGUGCCCUCCUGGCCACUGUGGUCCUCGGUCUGCUCGCCUACGUGGCCUUCAAGUGCUGGCGCUCCCAUAAACAAAGACAGCAGUUGGCCAAAGCUCGGACUGCAGAGCUGGGGACCUUCGACAGGGACCAGAGGCACGGAGACAGCAUUGUUUUCCUGGACAAUCCUAGCGGUCAGGAGCCCUGCGCCCCGAGUCAGGGGCCACAUCCUGAGCUUGGCUGCCGCCUCUACCUUCACCUCCCUCAGCAGCAGCAGGAGGAAGUGGAGCGGCUUCUGGAAGUCUCAGACGAACCUGACAAGGGCUGGCAGGGUCUGGCGGGCCGCCUGGGCUACCAGACUGAUGCUGUGGAGGUCAUGGCCCAGGACCAGGUGCCAGCCUACACCCUGCUGAGGGACUGGGCUGUCAAAGAAGGCAGCGGUGCCACUCUCGGGGUGCUAGAGGACGCCCUGGCUGCCAUGGGCCGCGAAGACGUGGUCCGGGUUCUGCGCCCCCCAGCUGAGGGCUGCUCUGUGGUGUGAGCGGUGCCGGCACAGCCCGGCCGCUCAGGGAAUCUGCUUCGGUGCUUUUCCUUUCUUGGGCUUCCUGGCACUGGUGGCCUUAGCCUGCCUUGCUCUGGGGGAACAGAGAAGAUCCGGCCACCACUCAGCUCCCCUUGUCCGGCCUUCCUCCAGGACGGGGACCAGGAUGUGGGGGGGUCAGCAGUGAGGGGUGGUCC